AUGGCCAACCAUGGGCCAAGCUACGGACUCAGUAGGGAGUUGCAGAAAAAAAACGACGCUCGAUUCGUACUGGAAGAAGCGAUUGAAGUAUUGACUUGGAUUGAAAACAUCACAGGAGAGAGAUUCUCAUUCGAUGUGACCACUUGUGAAUCAUCGACAGAUGUCAGCAAUCUACUGAAAGACGGUGUCAUGUUGUGCAAGCUGAUCGAGAAGUUGGAUCCACAGUGCCGUGUGGUUUAUAAUAAAAAGCCAAAGAUGGCGUUUCCGAUGAUGGAAAACAUCUCCAACUUUUUGGCUGCCGCAAAACGUUUCGGUGUAAUGGAGAUCAGCUGUUUCCAGACUGUCGACUUGUAUGAGAACAAGCAGUGUUAUAAGGUAAUCGAAUGUCUCCGUCUUCUCGCCGCCGUCGCCCAAAUGCGCUCAUCUCAUCUGGAACAUCCAGCAUGGGUUGUUAAGCUCGCUCAAUCUUCUCCUCGACAAUUCCCGGAAGCAGUAAUGAGACGGGGUGAAAUGGUGAUUCCAUUGCAGUACGGAACAAAUAAAUGCGCUUCACAGAAGGGAAUGUCACCGUAUGGUUUACCAAGACAGAUCAAACCUGAUCCACAUGGAUAA